GUGUGUGUGUGCUGUUAUGUAGGUGCGUCACGCGGGUUUUUCCGCAGGGCGGGGCUUCAGGGGACACUUUCGCAUCGCGGAGGCUCGCGGAAGGAAAGCGUCGUCGCGGUGUUUCUUUAGGGUUGUUAGUUCUUCACCGAAGUCCGAAACCGGCCGACUGCCUCCCGACAGACGGUGAAAUGGACGGGCUCUUUCACACCUGGACGCAGCCCACCCUGGCUCAAGGUCCGUAUGUAGAGAUCAUCGAGCAGCCGAAGGCACGAGGGAUGCGUUUCCGUUAUAAGUGUGAGGGUCGAUCUGCUGGGAGUAUACCCGGAGAAAAGAGCAACGACACCACCAAAACACACCCCGCUAUAAAGGUUCAUCAUUACAGCGGUCCGCUGAGAGUGAGAAUCUCACUGGUGACCAAGAAUCAGCCGUAUAAACCUCAUCCACACGAGCUGGUGGGCAAAGACUGUAAACAUGGAUAUUAUGAGGCCGAUUUACAGGAGCGACGCAUUCACAGUUUCCAGAAUCUGGGGAUUCAGUGCGUUAAGAAAAAGGAUGUGACAGAAGCUGUGUCCUGUCGAAUACAAACACAAAACAACCCAUUUAACAUUCCUGAAGCAAAGAUCUGGGAGGAGGAGUUUGAUCUGAAUGCAGUACGGCUGUGUUUUCAGGUGUUCAUCACUCUGCCCAGCGGAGAGCUGUUUCGUCUGGAGCCCGUGGUCUCUCAGCCCAUCUACGACAACAGAGCUCCAAACACGGCCGAGCUAAAGAUCUGUCGCGUGAACCGAAACUCCGGCACCUGUGGAGGAGGAGACGAGAUUUUUCUUCUGUGCGAUAAAGUACAAAAGGAGGACAUCGAGGUGAGGUUUUUCUGGGACUCGUGGGAGAGCAAAGGGUUGUUCUCGCAGGCUGACGUUCACAGACAGGUGGCCAUCGUGUUCCGCACGCCAGCGUACCGCGACACCAACCUGACGGAACCCGUGCGUGUGAAAAUGCAGCUGCGCCGGCCGUCUGAUCGAGAGGUCAGCGAACCCAUGGAUUUCCAGUACUUGCCCGCAGAUCCAGAUGAGCACAGAAUCCUGGAGAAGAGGAAGAGAACCGAAGGAAUGCUGCAAAACCUCAAACUCAACAGCCUCGUUUCAGGUUCAUCCGGUCCCGUGGACAGACGGCCGUUCCCCACAGCCAAGAGAUCUCUAGCCAAACCUGUACCCCCGAGCGCUCCCAUGACAGCAUCAGCGGCAUCUGAAGGUCCUUCAGCGAAGACGUCUCAUCCGUUCUUCAGUGUGACUCCCGGUCAUCUGUUCGCUCCAUCCUCCCAGAGUUCCCUCAAAGCCGAGCCAUGCGCAUCCGCCGGUGACUCAUGGCCAUUCCUCAGCACCUUGGUGGACCCUCAGCUCAAAGCCAGCGCGACUCAAGACUUCCCCACCGUCAACCUCUCCGAUCUGCACGACUUUCACUUCAACAACUUUUCCGCGCGGCCGCAAGAUCAGAUUGGUGCGGCCGACAGUGCCGGCGGCACGGCGGCGUCGCAAGAUGCGCAGAACGCCUUCAGCGCCGGAGCCUUCGGGGUUGACCCCCCCCUGAGCGAAGACUUUCCCGAGUUCCCUAGCUUCUCUGAAGUGCAAGGCUCUGACAUGGACAACAUCAAUAUCGAGGACAUCCAAGCGUUGCUGGGUCAGGGCGGACUCUCUGGGGAAGGAGGACUCGCCAUGGCAACCUCAUCGGUCAUGGGCAAGUCCGCACCGGAACAGUCCGCCAAUCCUGCGGGGAACGGCUCGGCCUGGAUGCCCCUCCCCCCGAGCAUCGCCAGCUACAUAAACCAUGAGAACAUGAUCGACGGUCCGCAGGCUCCGCCCCCCGGGUCCUCUGUGCUGGAGGACUUCGAAAUGAUCAGUUCCAUGGAUGAAGACCGUCUCAUGUCCAUCUUGACCAGCAACAACCAAGUGGGCUUUCAGCCGGGACAUCCCACCUAAACGAUGAAGAGAAAUAAACGUUUUAUCUGGACGUUCCCGUCAUAACCUGUUGGAGGGUUUCACGUAGUGCCUUAACAUCAAUGAACAGCUUCUCAUCAGACAGUGACAUGUACAGCCUGACAUAGUUGCCUUGGAAACCAGCGCGGCCAAUCAUCAAGAAGUGUAUCUUUAGCAUUAGUGCCAAGUGACGUUUAGAAAUGUAUAAUCUGCACUGAACAAGGGUUACAGUGAAAUAACAGCCACAUGGGAAAAUACUGCGGUAUACUUUGGUAUUUACUACGGUAAACUUUAGUUGCGUUACUCUGUUUGAUACGGCGGUAUACUUCAUGACAACACUGUAGUGUUUUAAGUCAACGCUAUAGUGUGCAACAGCAUUUUUCAUGGGGGUUCUGAAAUGAAAUGUAUAAAAUGACCAUUUAUUUACAUGUACGCUUGGGGAGUUGACAAACAUCCCGCACAUGCCUGUCUUAUGGUGUGAAAUUAAAACAACAAACUGUCAGUUA